UGGGAAAAAUACACCAAACUUGGAGGGGUUUGCGCUAAUGUAUGGGUGGCGGGAGUGCUGCAAGUCCAGGAACAUGUAACGGGAGCUGAUAAACGCGAUCUGCGUGUUCCUCAAUCAGCGUGUGUGUGUGUGUACGUGCGUGUGUGUGUGUGUAUGUGCGCGCGUGAGAGACGGAGCGAGAGCAGGAGAGAGCGAUAGAGAGAGCAAGCAGGAGAGAGAGCAAGCCAGUGAGAAAGCAAAGAGAACACAGAGUGUGUGAAAGAGAAAGGUGUCUUUGUAAAAUAGGAGUGUUUCACUGGAAACUACAGCCAUGGAAACUACAUCAGAGGACAACCAAGAGCAGAGCCAAGAGAAAAAAGGCUGUUUUGAAUGCUGCAUCAAGUGUUUGGGCGGUGUUCCCUACGCUUCCUUGGUGGCCACCAUCCUCUGCUUCUCCGGUGUGGCCCUCUUUUGUGGGUGCGGCCAUGUAGCGCUCACGGGUACAGUCACCAUCGUGGAAAACCACUUCUCCAAAACGUUUAGCGAUCACACAGUGCUGACUAACGUGGUGCAGCUAAUGCAGUAUGUUAUCUACGGCAUCGCCUCAUUCUUCUUCCUGUAUGGCAUCAUUCUACUGGCCGAAGGUUUCUACACGACCAGCGCUGUCAAGGAGCACCGCAACGAGUUCAAGACCACAGCGUGUGGUCGCUGCAUCAGUGGCAUGUUUGUGUUCCUGACCUACAUCCUGGGCGUGGCCUGGCUGGGAGUCUUUGGCUUCUCGGCGGUGCCUGUUUUUCUCUUCUACAACAUGUGGUCCACCUGUGCUGCCCUGAGGUCCCCGGUGGCCAAUCUGACAUCCGAGGACUCCAUCUGCAUUGAUGUGCGCCAGUAUGGGGUUAUUCCAUGGACUGCCACUCCGGGGAAGGCCUGCGGAGCUACACUGGGUGAUUUCUGCGACACCAGUGAGUUCUAUCUCUCCUAUCACCUGUACAUAGUAGCCUGUGCUGGGGCAGGAGCCACUGUUAUCGCCCUGAUCCACUUCCUCAUGAUCCUGUCAGCCAAUUGGGCUUACCUUAAAGAUGCUAGCCACAUGCAUGCAUACCAGGACAUCAAAACCAAGGAGGAACAGGAGCUGCAAGAUAUCGAGUCCCGUUCAAAGGAAUGCCUCAAUUCCUACUCAUAAGGAUUCCGCAGGUCCACCCUCCCCUUUCUCUUGCCCACUCUAGGUGCCAGAUGAAGGAUGAAGACAAAAUAAAUCUUCAGUUAUGCCCAGUAACCCGAACAGGCAGCACUAACACAGCCCCUAACAGCUAGUGCAUCAGCAUAAUUUUCUGCAUUAAUCUGACAUGACACCAGGAAGACCCAUAGUGUGUGUGUAUGUGUAUAUAUAUAUAUCCUUUUUAAUUGUUCGUGUUUCAGAAUGAUCUUCUGUCCUAUUUCUAUCUCUGCAAUUUACCGAUAAACCUUGAGACAUUGCACUCUGAAGAAAGAGUUUAUGCUCAUGGUUUGCCAGGUUUUAGCAGAAGAAGCUAAAGGAACAUACAUUUGGAUAAGUAGGCAAAAUUAGUGCAACGUGCUUAUAUGUGCAUGACUGUCUGUAUGCAUCAUCUUGUCUUUAAAGGGAGGGAAUCGCUGUACCGAAACGAGUGUGGAGAUGUGGUGUUGUUGGGGGAGCAAUGCAUGCAUUGUAUUUUGAGAAAUGUAGUUUUAAGUGGUCUAGUGGAAACAUCAGUUUGAGAAAUAUUCCUGUUUUUCAAACAACUUUUAGUACAUAGUGAAAAAUUGUAUAUAAUUUUCUUCUCAUUUGUUAUAAAGACUCCAGCAUAUGUCUGCCUGUUUAAGGAAAAGAAUUAUGCAAUAUUGAUGAUGAGUUUCCCUAAACGUACAGUGACCUAAAAUGUUGACCAUUUUUAAUCUACCUCAAGUUCAAAUGUCAAAUACUAACACUGAUGAGACCUAUUAAGAAUUUAGGGUGAUUUAACCAGUAAAAACUACAUAGGUCAAGCAGCAUGUAUUCACAGUAUUAUUCAGAUCCAUUACUAAAACAGAAAAAAUAUUUGUAGUUCUGCAUUUAUAUUGUUGCAUGCAAAAUCGGGAGGCAGAAGUUCACAUUUUUUAAAAUAUCAAUCUCAUAUUCCAUUCAAAUUUUGCAUUUUGCAUUAAAAUAAUAAAAAUAAAAAAUAAAAGCACAGCAUGAAAAAAGACAGCAUUAAGUGAACUGAUUGUUAUAGCAGGAAUUGCAUUGGCAACAUUUUCUGUUAUAAAACAUAAUGGUAAUCACUGCCUUCUUCAGUUGGUUCUGAAUGCUCAUUGGUCGAUUAUUAUUUUUGAUUAUAACAUCACCCUCACCUUGUGUAAAAGAUGUAUCCGCCAAGUAUUUUCCUUGUAAUUUUUUAAAUUUUGAUUUACAAUCAAGUAUUAUGUACUACACACCAUUACCACAACAGACUUACAAAUGUGGAUCUUUUGAAAAGGUGAGAUCACAGAUUACAGUGAAGGUCAGUUUAGACCAUGACCUCAUACUUUCUGUAGUCACAUGACCCCCCCAGAAGAAGCAUAACUAGCCAAAUAAACACAAUAUGAAUAUGUGAUAUGUGAAGAAUUUUUUAUUUAAAUAUUUUUAAACACAUCUAAACCGUAAAAUGAAAACUUAUUUUUGAACGGUGUAUUUCUAUGUUGCUUUAAUGUAUGAAGGCUUAAAUUCUGAUGUAAAUUACUGAUUUGUUUUCCGUAGGAAAUAAUGUACAGGGAUGUUUUGGUGUUUAUUCAUUAUCGCAUGAAUAGAACAUGAUACAGGUGAUGUAUAGUCAUCAAAAGACAAAAAAAUUGUAGCCAUUGUUUGCACAUACUGUAUUUUAUUUUGUUUUAUUUUUAUUAAUUUUAUUUUAUUUCUAACAAAACCUUUCAUGUCAAAUGCAUUGUAGUCAUAGUUUU